GCAGUAAUAAAAAAGAUUCUUGUGCAAGAAGGAAAAAACGUACAAGUAGGUGAUGUAGUAUUAGAUAGCUGUCCAUAAAAUGAAUUGACAUAAAGCUGCUAUAUUUUUAAUAUUUAUCUAUUAAUUUUUUAAAGCGUGAAAGAACAAAAAUGCUUAUUUGUUACCAUUGCUGGGCUACCCAAUGCUGGUAAGUCCACACUAAUUAAUAGCAUUAUAGGUAAAAAAAUUGCAAUUGUAACCCCUAAGGCACAAACAACAAGAACGAAAAUAAGAGGAAUUGCAAUUUGUGGUUAUACACAAAUCGUUUUUACCGAUUCUCCAGGAAUCUUUACAGCAAAAACUCAACUUGAAAAAGCUUUAGUUAAAUCCGCAUGGUCAGCAAUUAAAGAUAAUGACAGAACCUUACUGCUUAUCGAUGUUAAAAGUUAUCUACGGAAUAUAGAAAAAAUUAAGGCUAUGCUUGUCAAGUUGCAGCAUAGUUGCAUUUUAAUUCUUAAUAAAAUUGAUCUAAUAAAAAGGCCUGAAUUAAAAAUGGCAUAUAAAUAUUUCAAUCUAUUAUAUAAAUUUGAAAAAAUUUUCAUGAUAUCAGCGUUAAAAAAUGAUGGACUUUUUGAUUUAAUAAAUUAUUUAUCUGAAUUUGCACCAGUUGGUCCUUGGCUCUAUCCAGAAGAUCAAGCAACAGACUCAUCGAAUGAUUUUUUAUCAGCAGAAAUCACACGAGAAAAACUAUUUUUGAACCUGCAUCAAGAAUUACCCUACUCUACAGCAGUUAUCACUGAACAAUUUGAGAAGAAGAAGGAUAAAAGUUUAAUUAUAAAGCAGGUUAUAUUUGCCUUAAAAGAAAGUCAUAAAAAAAUAAUUUUAGGAGAAAGUGGUAGUAAUAUAAAAAAAAUUAAUAUUGAGGCACGUAGCGAGCUAGAGAAAAUAUUUGAACAGAAGGUACAUCUUUUUUUAUUUGUAAAAAUACGGCCUUGGAGCGAUCAUCCUGAGGAAUAUCUUGUUUAAACUAUCAAGGUGAUGGCUUGAGUUUAGCGCUU